AUGUCUGCUCUCGAUGGAGUCGCUGUCGGAAGCGCCAGCUUCCACCUCGGCGCCCUUUCUGGCGGCCCAGUGGAUAAGGCGCUCGCCGCCGCCCCAGCUCGGGGGUGGCCCCGCCACACCCUCACCGCUCCAGGCGUCUGGAAAACAUGCCGCAUGGCCGAGGUGGACCCCAGCCACCCGAUGGCCGAGGUGGGGGAAACGGCGAGGUGGCCGAAUGGCCGAGGUGGCCAGAUGGCCGAGGUGGAAGGCAAGGGAGGCCGAAUGGCCGAGGCGGACACCAGCCGCCAGUGGCAGGUAGCCGAGGCCGCUGCCCCCCUGCCGGGGCCGAGCAGGACUGGGCGGCAAGCGGUCAGGGCUCCCCCGGGCCUGUCACACCCGUCCGCGCAGUGCCACCCAUUUGGGCCGUCGUUCAUGGAGGUGAUUGUCUCAGACGACGUAGGCAGCGCGGUCACAGCAAAGAGAGGUGCUCAGGCCAGAGUUCAGAAGGGGUCGUCCGCGAGGCACGCUGAGAUUGUGUGGUGCGCCGAGAGCAUAAGGGAUUGGGCCGGAGAGCUACGGAAGCACCCCGCCAGCAUCGGGCUGCACGGAAAGCUCACGACAGAGGGUGGACUCAACAGCAACACCCUGUCCGUUCCCAAGUUCACGCGUUGGAUGUUCAACCAGGUGCGUGGAGUGGAUGUGGUCCCGUGGGUCACUUUGGUGGUCGGCUGGCGCGAGGCGAAGCCCUGCAUCGACGCCGUUCAGGCGGCCGCGACUGGGAGGGACUGCGGCCUGCGGAAGGACGCCUCGCGGACGCUGACGGCCGCGACUGGAGACACGACUGGCUUCGCUCCAGUUCAGGUCGCGGUCUCCACUGUGAUCAUUGCGGCGCACGACGCUCAGCAGAAGGCAAGGGCGGACAGGCUCAUCGCCGCCCGCAGCGGCGUGGGCGCGGCGCAGAGGACGGACUUGAAGAUCCUCGUCGCGUGCGGCGCCGAUGAGCUCCUGGCUCUGGUCGCUGCCGCCGUGGGCCCUGCGCGAGCCGCGGCCCGGCCACCUCCGCCCACGGCGGGUGGGGCGGAGCCUCCCCGCGCUCAGCAGGCCCGCGCCGAGUGCGGCCGGGCCGGCCCGGCCGCAGUGGCCGACGGGCCCUUCGGGGCCUCGCUGGCCAGAGCGCUCUUGGCGUUCCCCGCGCCGCCGCAGGAGCGGCCGGGCGCCGCCGCGUAG